CUCAUGAAAGCAUUAAUUCUUGUAGGAGGAUAUGGUACUAGAUUGAGACCUCUUACAUUUAAAUGUCCUAAACCGCUCGUUGAAUUCGCAAAUAAACCAAUCCUCAUGCAUCAGAUUGAAGCAUUAGUACAUCUAUCUUAAAUCUUUAGGUAAAAGUUGGAGUGUAGGAAAUUAUUUUAGCCAUCAAUUACCAACCUGACACCAUGAAGGAAUAGAUCAAUAAAUUAUAGGAUCUCUAUAAAGUCAAAAUCAUCUGCUCCUAAGAAACUGAACCUUUGGGAACAGCUGGUCCUAUUAGACUUGCCAAAGAUCAUAUUAUCAAGGAUAAUCCUGAUGGUUUGUUCUUUGUUCUAAACAGUGACAUUAUUUGCGAAUUUCCACUUGAUAAAUUGUUGCAAUUCCACAAAUAGCAUAAUCAUGAAGGGUUUAAAAUAUUUAUAUUUAUAGAACCAUAUUCGUCAAUGAAGUCGAUGAUCCAUCAAAGUAUGGAGUCAUCUUGGCUGAUGAAACAGGCAGAAUCAAGGAUUUCAUUGAGAAACCCUAAGAAUUCAUUAGUAACAAGAUCAAUUCUGGACUCUAUCUAUUCAAUGUGAGCAUGAUUGAUAGGAUUCCUGUAAUACACAUCACAAUAUCAUUAGCUAAAACCAACCUCAAUAGAAAGAGAAAUCUUCCCAAUUAUGGCUAAGGAAGGACAACUAUAUCAAUACAUUCUGCCAGGAUUUUGGAAGGAUGUGGGAUAACCCAAAGAUUACUUGGCAGGCACAGUUCUCAUCUUAGAAAGUUAUAGAACACAUACACCUGAUGUCUUGGCAAAGGGGAACAACAUAGUCGGAAAUGUUUUGGUUGAUGCUUCUGCUUAAAUUGACCCUAAUGCUGUUAUAGGACCUAAUGUAAUUAUUGGACCAGAUUGCCAAGUUAAGGAGGGAGUCAGAUUGAAGAACUGUGUUCUUUUAAAGGGAGUAGUAAUCAAUGCAAAUAGUUGGAUCAAUGAAUCCAUUAUUGGAUGGUCAUCAACUAUAGGUAAAUGGGUUAGGAUUGAAGGUGUUUCUGUUUGUGGUGAAGAUGUCUAGGUAAAAGAUGAGGUCUAUAUUAAUCAAAGUUUUAUCUUGCCACAUAGAGGUAUUACAAGUAACAUCUAUAACAAAAAUACAGUUAUAAUGUGAAAUAUUAUAUUCAAAAAUAUAUUAAUGUAUUUUAAAUGGAAC